GGGAGGUUUGGAGCAGCCCGGACUCUCGUUGUUUAACAGCAUUUCUCUGCCAGGAAUCGUCAAAAUACUUUCUAGGAUUCAUUUAAGUUCCACUCAUUUCUAGACAUAUAAUACCAAAACGACAUUUCGUUUGCAUAUAGUGUGUUAAGAGUGAGUUGAACAACUUUGGAAUACAGUUUUCGGAGGUGAGGCGACUUCAUUUCAUCGCGAGCGAAACGUUUUGGGAUAAAAGGACCAACGUUACCCAGAACCACCGCAGAGGCGGCCCGCACGUACUUUCUUCGGACUCGGUUCACGUUAGCGCGGUGAGAUAGACGGAGGUCGUCGCAAAGUAAAUCAGGGAAACGUGAAACUAAAAUCGUAACACUAUUUAGGAAAUAUUUGUUCCGCUCCUUUUUGGUUUUUGGAGUGGGCGACGCACGUCUCCCCCCCCUCUCUUUCUCUCUCUCUUUCUCGCACAAGUUGUGCAAAAAAUAUGCACAAACGUGUUCGGAAAACGUUGAUAGCGUGGAGUUAGUGAGUUAAUUGACGGGCAGCACAUUGACGUCUGGAUAUACUUUUAUUCGGGAAGUUUCUCUGCAUCCACUCCGGAGUCUUCCUCACCGGACCAACGCUGGCUGCUCCACAGCCCCCCGCCAGUAAGUUGAGCACUGUGAAUGACCCACUGCUGAUGCCCCAACGGCCUGAAUGGAGUUCCAGUCGCAGAGCAGCCAGCAGUCGUAGCUCCCUAAGCAGGAUGCUGAUGAGGCCAAGCAUACUUCUGUGUCUGGUUCUAUUCUCCCAAGUUCUGAGGACCCAGAGCCGGCCUGCCAACACCGACGAAGUCUCUGUGGAAACGCAAGCGGAGCUGUUCACCCUCUAUCUCGGGGAUCGUCUGGAUCUGAGUUGCUCCGCCAAGGACUCUCCCCAUGCUGUCAACUGGACCAAAGACCACGGCGCGGUGGUGGAUGGAGAACACACGCACAUCCGCAGCGGCCAGCUGGAGAUCGAGACGGUGGAGCUGACGGACUCCGGUCUGUACGCGUGCGCCACCUUCGGCAACCACAGCGUCUACUUCAACGUCACAGUUGACACCCUGGCCUCAUCUGAGGAUGAUGAUGAAGAUGAAGAGUCUUCAUCCGAAGAGGCCAAACUGUUAGGCAGCCAAAAACUGCUGCCAAUGGCUCCACAAUGGGCUCAUCCAGAAAAAAUGGAGAAAAAGCUUCACGCUGUCCCAGCCAGUAAGACGGUGAAGUUUCGAUGUCAGGCCAGCGGCAACCCAACACCCACCCUGAAAUGGUACAAGAAUGGCAAGGAGUUCAAGAGAGACCAUCGCAUUGGAGGCUUCAAGGUCCGUGACCAUGUCUGGACCAUCAUCAUGGAGUCCGUGGUCCCCUCUGACAAGGGAAACUAUACCUGUGUGGUGGAAAACAAGUACGGCAGCAUCAACCAUACCUACCAGCUCGACGUAGUCGAGCGUUCCCCCCACAGGCCAAUCCUGCAGGCUGGCCUGCCAGCUAAUCGCACCGCAGUGGUGGGCAGCGACGUGGAGUUUGAGUGCAAGGUGUUCAGUGACCCUCAGCCUCACAUCCAGUGGCUGAAGCACAUCGAGCUCAAUGGAAGCCGAGUUGGUCCCGAUGGGUUACCGUAUGUCCGUGUCCUCAAGCAUUCUGGGGUCAAUAGCUCGGACGCUCAGGUGCUGGCCCUCUACAAUGUGACUGAGGAGGAGAGCGGAGAGUAUAUAUGUAAAGUGUCCAAUUAUAUAGGAGAGGCCAAUCAGUCGGCCUGGCUGACUGUCACCCGAUAUGAGCCCACAGCGGUCCCGCACUAUCCUCCAGCCAACCACACCUACCUGGAGGUGGUCAUCUACUGCGUGGGCUUCUUUUUCAUCGCGGUCAUGAUUGCCAUCGCAAUUAUCGUGAAGAUUCGCACCUCCUCAAAGAAGAGUGACUUCAACAGUCAGCUGGCCGUCCACAAGCUGGCCAAAAGCAUCCCGCUGCGCAGACAGGUCUCUGUGGACUCUAGCUCCUCUAUCCACUCUGGAGUGAUGCUGGUCCGUCCAUCGCGCCUCUCUUCCAGCGGAUCUCCAAUGCUGUCGGGGGUGUCUGAGUAUGAACUGCCUCAGGAUCCCCGCUGGGAGCUUUCCCGUGACCGACUUGUUCUCGGGAAGCCGCUGGGCGAAGGCUGCUUCGGUCUGGUGGUGAUGGGAGAGGCGCUGGGUCUCGACAAAGAGAAGCAAAACCGUGUCACCAAAGUUGCAGUCAAAAUGUUGAAAUCUGACGCCACAGAGAAGGACCUGUCGGAUCUGAUUUCAGAGAUGGAGAUGAUGAAGAUCAUUGGGAAGCACAAGAACAUCAUUAAUCUGCUGGGAGCCUGCACACAGGACGGUCCUCUGUAUGUGAUCGUAGAGUAUGCAUCCAAGGGCAACUUGCGGGAGUACUUGAGAGCUCGGCGGCCACCCGGCAUGGAGUACUGCUACAACCCAGACCAGGUUUCUGUGGAGAGCAUGUCCAUCAAAGACCUGGUGUCCUGUGCGUAUCAAGUGGCCCGAGGCAUGGAGUACUUGGCCUCCAAAAAGUGCAUCCACAGAGAUCUCGCCGCUCGCAAUGUUUUGGUAACGGAGGACAACGUGAUGAAAAUAGCCGACUUUGGCCUGGCAAGAGAUAUCCACCACAUUGAUUACUACAAGAAGACCACCAAUGGUCGCCUGCCUGUCAAGUGGAUGGCUCCCGAAGCUCUGUUUGACCGGAUAUACACCCACCAAAGUGAUGUCUGGUCAUUUGGGGUUCUGCUUUGGGAGAUCUUCACCCUGGGGGGCUCUCCAUAUCCCGGAGUCCCAGUGGAGGAGCUGUUCAAGCUGCUGAAGGAAGGUCACCGUAUGGACAAGCCCUCAACGUGCACUCAUGAGCUGUAUAUGAUGAUGAGGGACUGCUGGCAUGCUGUGCCUUCUCAAAGGCCCACGUUCAAACAGCUGUUGGAGGACUUGGAUCGCUGCCUGGCCAUGACAUCCAACCAGGAGUAUUUGGAGCUGUCGGUGCCUCUGGACCAAUAUUCCCCCAAUUACCCGGACACCCGCAGCUCCACAUGCUCCUCGGGCGAGGACUCCGUCUUCUCCCACGAUGCCGGAGUGGAGGAGCCCUGCCUGCCAAAGUUCCCUCCCCACUCCAACGGGGCAGCCAUUAAGAAACGCUGAUACCUCAUCUCCAUUCAGAAAAAAAACAUUGACAUUUCCUCCGCUCCCUGCCUCAUGGGGUUGGACUCUACCCCACAUUCCCAGAGAUGAAGCUAAAAAACACUCGGUGCUCUGUGAGAAAGGAGCUUGGAGAGACACCUCGUAGAACUUGUUGGAUCACAUGGACUGAGGAGUGCAGCUGUUCCCCCGGUUCUUGGUGGUGACGAUGUUGAUGGGAGCCUUUGUAUUAACGGGCAUGGCAGUUUGGCACAAUGUCGGGGGGGGGAAGCAGACUCUAACUCGUCUCUCCACUUUGGGCAUUCCACAGGUCAGAAGAAUGGAAAGGACUGACGAUGAUGAUGUCAGGGUUUCGUUUGUUUCAUUGUUCGUUUUAUGGUUGUUUCAUCAGUAGAAGGACAAUAUUCUGCUUUUCAGACCAAAUUCAGAGAAUACACGACCAACGGCCGUGCAGCACGGUGGUCCUCUACGUCAUUCACCAUCUUCUUGUAAAUACAGUUAGAAAAUUAUAAAUAUGAAUAUAUAUUUACAUUGUACUCUUAUUUUUAUUACCAUAAUUGAUUUGUUUUCUUUUGUACAAGGAUGCUUUUGUUUGGUCCAUUUUUUAUGUAGUCUGUAGGGGCAGUUGUUACAUACGAAUAUCUCAAUUGCUGAGGAUUACAUGGCCAGUUUUUUGUUUUUGCUGUAUCACGGUUUUGAUCCCCCUAAACUUAAUGCAUAAUCAUCAAUGGAAAAAAAUAUAUUGGCUUUUCUAUUUUUUAACUGCAAAUGCUUUUCAUGACAAACCUGCAAUACAGUGUAACUCAGUGUUUUGGGUUUCUCUUCAUCAGAAGAGAUGGAUUUUUUAGAAUAUAUGUUGUGUGUCCGUCUGUCUGAAUGCUGGAUCUAUGUGGAAAAUUGUAUCUUGUCUCAUUCAAUGUUAAUUGAUUUCAAGGAUGGUCCCAACUGUACAUAUUCCUGGUUUUAUGCCAUGCUUGUUAAAAUCCAGAGUAAUUUGAUUCUGUCAACAUCAUGCACUUCCACUGUGCAUGCCUUCCAUGUGAUGAACUUAUCUUCUACUGUAAAUGCUUUAACAGGAGUUAUAUUUGCUGCCAUAUAACUUCUGAUGAAGGGUUGCGGAACACGUAUGUCAUCGUACAAGGUUUACAUUAAAUAAAAUGCUAUCGAAAAAACAAAA